CGCCAAAAAAAUUAAACGGACGUCGAGGGUGAAAUAUGACGAAGGCGAAUUUUACCGAUCAUUUUUUACCCCACGCGAAUUUUAGCUUUUAUAGUUGUUAGUGGCUAAAAACAGAGACGCUUUAGUGUUUUGUUGUGAAAAUGUAUAGAACUAAGAAGGACGUCGACAAACACGUGGAGAACUUAAUAUCAAAAUUGUCGGUAAAAGAGUUCAAAACUCGAGCAUAUUCUGUGGCGCGGUUGUAUUUUGAGGUUGGGGAUUACGCUAGCUGCCAGAGAUAUGUCGAGCAAUACAUCACCCAGAAAGACAACAAUGCGGCGGCACACAAACUGCUUGGCCAGGCCUUGCAGAAAUUAGGACAGAAAGAAAAAGCUCUCGAGCAGUAUAAGUUUUCUUUGGAUAUAGACCCAACCCAAACAAGCACAAUCCUGGAGAUAUGUGAACUUCUUACGGAUGAUGAAAUAGCUAUUGACCCUGGUCGAGCUAAAUACUGGUAUGAAAAGGCAGAAGCUACAUUUCCUAGACAUCCAGUAACAUUCCGUCUGCGUGAGAGAUUAGUAACAAUGGCCAACCCAGAUCCAGAAGCACUUGCUAAGUUACUAAAAGCAGAAUUGGCUGUGCGACCUAAAGAUGCUGUUCUUCACUGUCGUCUUCUAAAACACUACAUGCAAACCAAUCAAAUCAAAGAGGCAUUCAAUCACAGCUGUAGUGUAGAGUUUGGCAAUCACACUUUCAUUAACAAUUACACUUGGUAUGAUACUCUGACUGAGAUUUUGAAACACAAUUCGCUUAGUACUAAUGACUGGCUUUACCAACUUCUUCUCUUGACUGUUAGAGAGCGUAUUUGUGUUUUGAGUCUUACAGAGACACCAAGUGGCCUGUCCAAAAGUCUUAUUGAGUCCAGUGAACUUUUACACUCCUAUGACCAAGCUAUUGAAAAGGUGGCUAAAGCAGGAGCAUCAUCUGGCUUUGGUGAGUUUCAUGCUGCCCUAUUACAACAUCAUCGAGGACAAUUUGUUUUUCAUGCAGCUACAUACUUGUUGAAAAAGGCAAAAAAGGAUCAGCUUAGCUGGCGUGAUGUUACUAGAACCGCUGCUACAUUGAUGCUGGUUGCAUGGCAAACAGUGCCACUUGACUCUAAGGUUAACUGGCUUUUACAUGCCCCUGAAAAACAGCAAGUUGCUGUUCAUCGCUGGUAUACAGAAGGAAGUUAUAGAUGCUCUCAGUCUGGUCACUACCUAUUAGCAAAUGUUCAAGACAAAAGCCAGUCAUUCUUGGAUAAAAUUGCACAGGCUUGUUCUGGUGGAAACUGGAGAGAAAAGUUGUAUGAGAAGAUUUUCACAAGCAAAGAUCAAUUGUCAAAAAGUAAAUCAUCUCACUUUGUUUCUGAAGCUUAUGUUACCCCUGUGCUCAGAUUACCCAGAAGAAUUGAAGUUGAAGCCUAUGAUGUUGAUGCACAAAGAGAAUAUCCUAACUCCCUCCAUCACUUUGUUUGGACAUUACUGAAUUAUAAAAACCAUGCACACUUUAAAUGCACUCUAUUUGAUAUGCUAAGACCUACAGCAAGUAACUGUGGACCUGAAACAUUAAACAAAUUAGAUGUUCAUGCAUUUCUAUAUUUUGCUGCGUUAACAUCUCGCCAGCGAAAAAAUUGUGAAGUUUCCUAUAUUACUUCUGAUAAACCAACUGUACUCCCAGCUAAUAUAACUGACUUGCUUUGUUCCCUACCCCAGAUGAAGUGGUGGGAUUGUGCAUAUAAAUUUAGUCAAAAUGAAUUGGGAACUGAACUCACUGAUAUCCGUGCGACUUUGAGCCGUGGCAUAGAGGUUGUACGUUGCAUUGACAAUCAUGGCUUAGACCCUGAACUGCUUUGCAUUGUGGGUGGCAUUUUCAGUGAACGUGCAAAGUUGACUACGGCUGUUGAUGAAAGGAACAAGUUGGAAAUCCGAGCUGGACUAUACUAUUCCUCUGCUCUGCCACUUCUGGAGAAAUUAAAAUGUAAAAUUGUUCUUAAAAUGCCUGAAAAAAGGUUAUUUGAUUAUACACAUAAAGAACUUGGCUCCAAGGAAUUGAAUUCUUUAAUAGAAGAAAGUAAACUGUAUGUAGCAGUUAACUAUCUCAAUGAUUGUGAAUAUGAUAAAGUCAUAGAGCUACUUUCGAAUUUGAAGUCGCCAGAAGCUUUUUACCACCUUAGUCAAGUCUAUAAAAAGCUUGCUUUGGAAGAAAAUAAUUUAACCAGGGAUUCAAUAGAUACCAAAUCCAAAUAUGUGACACUGAUAAUGAAAGCUAAAAAUUUUGCAUAUAAGGCACUAGAUCGCGUGAAAGACACAGAACUGAAUAAGAACCACCCUCUGUAUUCUGAAGUUCAACAGCUGAUUGAAGAAUUGGAGACACAAAUAAAUAAGAUUGAUCUAGAUUUAUCAGGAAACAAUGAUGUUGAAGGAAAAUAUUCUUCUGAUGAAAACAUAUCAUCUGCUGGCAGUGAACAUGUCCCAAUGCGAAAUAAUCAUAUGAUUCGAACCCUGUGUUCAACACCGAAACAGCCAUCUAACCCAAAUCUGACUAACUAUCGAACAGCUGUAGAUUCCCAGUUGCUAGAAACUACUAGAAUUGACCCACAAUUUUUCGAUAAAAUCGAAAAUCAAAUCAAAACCUUCCAAAAAAGACUAGCUGAUGACUUUAUGGAACAAACUAAAGGUUGGUUUGAAGAAAACCGAAGAUUAGGAAACCAGAUUAUGAAUACUAUCCAAAAUGAUAUACAAAAUACCACAGAUCAAUUUAAACUUCUUAAGAUAUCUGUGGACCAAGUAAAAGAUCAAAUCGAUGAAUGUAGGAAUGAAUGCAAAGAUGUAGGUGACUUGAAAAAACAAAUUGCUGAACUGAAAAAGGAAGUCAAUAAACUGAAAAAAGCUUCUUCAGAGCAAACCAUUAAUGAAAGUGACUUAUACAACCUAGAUGACGAUUACAGGACCAAUGAAAGCGCUUCGAGUUUUACAGCACAGUUGCCCUUCCAAGCUCCACAAGUAAUGCCAUCUUUCAAUCAAAGACUUGUGCCGCCAUUCCCUGUACCACCUAAUCCAUAUCAAUUAUAUAACCAAAAUCUCUACAACCUGUAUAACCAGUAUUCACAGUUUUCUCAAGCUUCAUCAGUUCCCGGCGCUCCGCCUUUAUUUGAUCCUACGAAAUUAAAUUAUCCUAGCGUAUAUCCAACUGCUGACCAAAUGUAUUUAGAUGUGGCUCAUCUUGUGCCGCCCUCCGUGCCGGCACCACCUUCAGUUCCGCCUGUGCCCACAAUGCCACUGCCGCCAGUAUCAACUGUUUCUACUGGCGCAGCUCUACCGACUGCUACAUCAAUUGCUAUUGCAAAACCAGCCCCAUCAGCGGAAACAAAAGAUACUUCUCGUCCUUUACCUGUUAACGUGGUUAUUACGUCUUCGGAUCCACUGCCGACAUGCACAACAACACCAGCUCCAAUUUUAAGCGUAACGAUACCUCCAAAACAUAUUAAAGGGACACCUCAUAAUUACCAAAUACCAAUGCCAUCCACUAAUGACACAAAUGUUGCAUCGCCUCCAGUGUUCAGCUUUCCAGGUUCAGCAAAUAGGACUUCAACUACUGCGAGUUCGGUAGUUAAUUGGGGUAAUUCAAAUAUAUUUAAAACAUCCCAAUCUGGUGCGACUGGUAUAUUCAAUACAUCGGGAAUGGGCGACACUCUAGAUAAGAGUGUAGUUGAUGGCACAUUUACUGGUGCUUCACCAAAUACUAGUCUCAAUAAGUCUAGAACAUUAUCGGAGAGAAGCAAUACUUCUAUUGAAAAUUACGAUCCCUGCCCAGAUUUUAAACCCAUUAUACCAUUGCCAGCAGAAGUCAAAGUGACAACUGGCGAGGAAGAUGAAACUGCAAUUUUCUGUGCUAGAGCUAAGUUGUUCCGCUUCGUUGACAAACAAUGGAAGGAAAGAGGUAUAGGUGAAAUGAAGUUGCUUAAGCACAAAGUGACUGGAAAAGUAAGAGUGUUAAUGAGAAGAGAACAAAUUCAUAAAAUAUGCGCGAAUCAUGUCAUAACAGCUGAUAUGGAAAUAAAACCCAUGAAGAAUGAAACAAAAGCAUAUUUCUGGGUAGCCAAUGAUUUUGCCGAUGAGACUGUCGUCCUCGAAAAGUUUUGCAUUAGAUUCAAGACAGCCGAUAUAGCACAGCAAUUUUAUCAAGCAUUUGAAAAUGCGCGAAAAGUAGCUACAUCUACAAGUACUCCAAAAAAAGAAGAAUCUGUCAAGAAAAUCGAAACAUCUAUCAAAUCUAACCAACCUGUUAUAACACCAGCAAAAGGCAAACCUAGCUUUGUUGUUACUUCCCAGCCAACAAAAACUGAAUUUGGUGGUUUUACAUUCAGUAGUACUCCAACGAUUAAGCCUGUUGAAAAUGACACUAAAACUGAUAUAAAACCGAGUGAACCAACAACCACUAAGGUAAACAUUUUUAGUAGCCUGAAUUUCAAAACAACCACUAGUUCUCCCUUUAGCAAUUUGUUCAGUGCAACUUCUAGUCCACAAACAAGUACCAGUCAAAUACAAACAAAUACUAAUAAUGUAACACCAAAGCAAGAAACACCUAACAAAUUGAGCACUUCAGACAUUGUGGAAGAAUUUGAACCAAAUGUGGAAUUCAAACCAGUUGUUCCGCUACCAGCACUGGUGGACCAAAAGACUGGCGAGGAGGAAGAAAACAUCGUUUUCGAGCAUCGUGCUAAACUACUGCGUUUUGAUACUGCUAGUAAGGAAUGGAAAGAGCGAGGAUUAGGUAACAUUAAAUUACUAAUACAUAAAGACAAUGUACAAAAAGUUAGACUUUUGAUGAGGCGUGAACAAAUUAUGAAAGUGUGCUGUAAUCACGCAAUCACAAAAGAUAUGACAUUCCAAAAGAUGCCAAAUAUGGACAAAGCGGUUACUUGGUGUGCCAAAGAUUUUUCAGAAGGAGAAUUAGUAGCUGAAACGUUUUGUCUGCGCUUCAAAACUGUAAAAGCAUGUGAUGAUUUUAUACAAGCCGUAAAGUCAGUUCAAUCUAAAAUUAAAGACGACUCAAAAGCUGCAAAAGAGGAACAAAAUGCUGCAAAACAAAACAAUCAAAUUGGAUUUGGAGAUGCAUUCAAACCAAAAGCAGGAUCGUGGCAAUGUGACGUUUGCUACACUAAUAAUUUAGAGAAUUUCUUGAAGUGUGCCUGUUGUGAACAACCAAAGCCUCAGUCAAACGAGAAUGAUAGUGCACAAACUAGCAGUGCACCAGCAGCCGGUUGGGGUGAUAAAUUCAAACCUAAGGCUGGGAGUUGGGAAUGUAGCAUGUGUUUAAUUCGUAAUGACGCUGCCGUAGAUUAUUGUACUGCAUGCGAUAAUCCAAAAGAUCCAAACAUGCCUAAAAAGGAAUCUAAACUGGUUUCUGACUCUGCUCCUAAGUUUAGUUUCGGUAUUCCCGCACAAACAACUAAUAUGGCGAAACAAGACCAAAUAGCUACUCCUGCAGCCCCUGCUCCUGCAUCAGCUGCCCCUGGUUGGGGAGAUAAAUUCAAGCCUAAAGAGGGAACUUGGGAGUGUAAAGAAUGUUUCGUUAGGAAUGAGGGUGGUGCUGACAAAUGUAGCGCUUGCACAAGUCCACGCGAUCCUAGUGCUAAUAACAAUCAGGGUAGCUCUGUAUUUGUGAAUGUCACCGCUGGUCCCAAGUUUUCUUUUGGCAUCCCUCCUGCAAGCAAUGUAGAACAAAAACCGACAACAGAAACUACAUCCAUUUUUGAUGGUACUGGCUCACGCAAGUUCCGUUUUGGCAUUUCCACAAAUACACAAAGUCAAACGCCUAAUGUAGUCUCUUUCGGAAGCCAAAAGCCGUCAAUAUUUGGAACUGUUACACCCAAGGCAAAUGAAGGACCAGUUAACCUAAGCACGAAUAAAAACGAAGCAGAGAGCGAUCAAACUACGCCUGUGAAAUCUGCUUUACUUCCUACACCAACGGAAGGUACUCCUUUUGGAGACAAAGAUUCCCAUGCUACAUUUGAAUUUGUAUUUAAACCAAAAACUCCGCCAAAGGGUAAAAGUCCUAUGAAAACACCGAAAGCUGAAGGCGAUGAGAGUGACGAUAAUGAAUAUGCUUCUGAAGACGAAGGGCACCACAUCCACUUUAGCCCAGUCAUACCAUUGCCUGACAAGGUUGAUGUGGUAACUGGAGAAGAAAAUGAGACUGAGCUUUACGGGCAUAGAGCCAAGCUAUUCAGAUUUACGGCAGGAGAAUGGAAAGAGCGCGGUAUUGGCAUCGUGAAGAUAUUAAAACACAACGAUACUGGCAAAUUAAGAGUUCUUAUGCGACGUGAGCAAGUGUUGAAAAUCUGUUUGAAUCAUGUAUUGUCUCCUGAAAUUACAUACACACCAAAAGAUGACAAGACUUGGUUAUUUGCUGCCAAUGAUUACAGUGAAGGGGAAUUAAGUCUACAACAGUUUUGCCUCAGAUUUAAAACUAAAGAAAUAGCUUCGGAAUUUAAAGAUGCCAUUGAGAAAGCGAGAGGAGGAAGACCUUUAGUUAAACGGGAUGUUGAAUCAGAUACAAAAGACACUGAUAGCGAUGAUGUCGUUUUUGUUAAUGAGAUAUUAGCGUCGCCAGAAGAUAAACAGCGAGCGAGGGACCUUAUGCUUCCUGAAAACUUCUAUACAUACAAAAAUAAGGACCCGUGUAAAGGCUGUCGCGGAUGUAAAGAAGACGAUGACAAGGGCUCUAAGUCAGAGACAACUAAAAACGCUACAUCUAUAAACACCACAGGCAUAAACAUGUCCGCACCGUUCACAUCAUCUACAUUAACAACGCCUUUAAAGUCGUCAAUUUCCUCAUUCCAAAGCCCAAUGACUUCUUUCUAUGGUACACCUUCCAACCUUGACAAGACAGUUGACGCAUCUAUUUUCCGUACUCCACUCGGAUCACUAGGUUCGAACACAAAUUCAGCUUCUCCUGCGACUCCUACCAAUAUUACUCCUAGAAAAGACACCACUAACAAAGAAAAUACACUCACACCCAAGAAUAUUUUCGAGGAGUCACAGCAGUCUAAUAUAUUCACGACGCCGCAAAAUAAACCAGCCAAUAUAUUCGGCUGUGGAGAGGCUCAAAACUCCAUUAGUUCCAAGUCGUCUACAUUAGCCGCACCGAAAUUGAACACGAUUACCACGUCUGGAGGUGAGAACCAAACUGUCGAUGCUAAGACAAUAUUUGGGGCUGCACAAGUUAAAUCUGUAUUUGGUGAAAACAAUUCCAUAUUUGGAAGUACUAACGCCGGGUUGUCAACUAACAAGUCAAUUUUCGGUUUUGCGGCGGAUAGUAAAAAGGAUGACGGUCCGAAGUCCGAGGUGACGUCUGUCUUUGGAGGUGAAGAACAGAAGCCUGUUAAUUUGUUCAGUGGAGCGUCUCAAGGCAGUAUAUUUGGGCCCGGAGCUUUAGGAACCCAACAAAAAUCUUCUGGUCUGUUCGGAACGUUUGGCUCUAACACCACACAGCCAUCACAAAUUUUCGGAACUGGAAAAUCAAUUUUUGGAGGAUCUAACCAAACACCGACAUGGACUUUCGGCGCGGCGUCUGAACAGAAAAAACCUGACUUAGCGCCUGUUACAGCGCCUAAAGAAGAAAGUAAACCACAAAGUGAAGCUGUGGUGGCAGACACACCUUUCAAGGUCGAUAAUAGUUUAACAUUUGCCGCAUUAUCAUCAUCUUCAGGAUCAACCUUCACAGCCCAGAAAAAAUCUGACUUCCAAUGGGAAGGCGCUGGGCAGCAGCUAUUUACGACCGCGCAGAGGGCAGCCGCGAAGGAGGAGCAAGUCAAGGGUGACGCCGCCGACGAGUCUGGCGCGGGCGCCGACGAGGAGUAUGAUCCUCAUUAUGAACCCAUUGUACCUCUGCCGGACAAAAUUGUCGUCACUACAGGCGAGGAAGACGAGGAAAAAUUGUAUGGCGAACGUUGCAAACUGUACCGCUAUGACGACAAAACUCGGGAAUGGAAGGAACGUGGUGUUGGCGAAAUGAAGAUCUUAUAUCACCCUGAAAAGAAGACUUACAGACUGCUCUUACGUCGGGAACAAGUGCAUAAGGCGGUGUUGAACAUGCUGAUAUUUUCGGAUAUGGAGUUGUUGCCGAUGAAGAACUCUGACCGCGCAUGGACGUGGGCGGGGCGCAACUUCGCAGAGAAUCCUCAGGGCGAACAGGAGACACUCGCCGUGCGCUUCAAGUCCAUCGACCUCGCUAUUACAUUCCAGCAAAAGAUAAUCGAAUGCACCCAGAAACUACAAACUGUAGCCGCUCAACCAGUUAGAGAAGAGAAGCCUGCUGAUCCGGUCACGCCAUUGAGGCUGCCGAAACACUUGGAAAGCAGCGCUCGCGCUGACCUGAACAACAAAACUGAAGAACAAACACAGUCGAAAGGAAUACAGCGACAAGGAAGUGCCGGCAGUAAUGGCGAAGUAAGCAAGAACGCGGAUGUGUUCAAACAAGUUCAGUUCCAAGAGCCGGAGGAGGACCCCGGUGAGGAAUACGCGGAGGAAGAGGAAUAUGAUUACGACCACAACGAGGAUUACGAUGCUUAUUAUAAUGAUGAAGAAGAGGAAUCGGCCGCGUACUACGAGUGCGUGGGAGAGGCAGUAGUGACCCAGGGCGCGACGCAUUCCACGUGCGACAACGCUCACAUCCAGGUGUUGUUCGACCAGGAGAUCUGCUCGCCCAAGAUCCUCGUCACUGACAGCGACACCGGUGAAAUACUCGCCGACUUGCUUAUACACACUGAUACUGAAUUCCAAAUAAAUGGCAACAGCUGCACGUGGUCGGGCACGGACUACACGAGCAACAGCGCGGUCGACAAAACUGUCACCAUCAACUUCCACGACAGCGACACCGCCAUGCAGUUCUAUGAUAGCUGCGAGACGAGUAAAGGCGCCACAUAUUCGUCGACAGAUCCAGAAUCGUAAAUUAGUGAAUUAUUUAAAAUAGUAGUAGUAUUGUAAUUUCACUUAACUAAUAGAUAUCUUUCUUGAUUUAGAUUAUAAGUGUGUAGAAAUUGAAAAAUAUGGACGUUUACUAAUUUAAAUUUGAAAUCUGGUAAACUAAACAUUUAUUUCUUUUUUUAGAAUUCAUAUUUGUUACCUGUUUUCUAGUAUUCAGAUCUCAUCAAAGUCAUAUCUAAAGUGUUACAUUGUUUUUAUGACUUGAAAGGAUUUUUGUUAUAAGUUGUUUUAUUGAACUUUGGACAUUAUCAUAAUUAAUGAAACAGUUAAAUAUUUUAAAUACUAUAAAAUAACCUCUUUCCUACGGACGUGGGUUGCGUGUUUCUCCAUUGAUUGGUUUAAACACAACGUGUGUCUCUCGGGUAACUAGCAAACUUGUAAUGUAGCUAAUUUAUAGAGGGCGGACCUUGUUAUUUUACUCUCGAUGGCAUAGAUUUACUGACAUUUCUUGAUAGCAAUAUCUUGUAAUAUUAAAGAGUUAGCUAAAUACGCUCAAAGUUCAAAAGACGUAAAUGCCAUCGCGCGUAAAAUUACUAAUGCCACUUUUUAUCAAGGAGAUCUAACCAACGCUUGUUUUUUUAAUCACGAACAUUACUUUGUCAAACAAAGUGAAUAAAAUUGUAAUAUAAUGUUCCUUGUUGGUUAGCUCUUUUUGUAAUAUGUAAUGUAUUGCAUAGAGUUACGACUGACGAACUGGUCACUCGUAGCUUUAUAGCAGCUGCGCCUAGUUUACGGAAUUCAUAAGAGGUAAAAGAAUUUAAGCUGGACUGAUAUUUCUAAGUGAGUAUUUCUGAGUGAUAUUUCCUAAAUUUAAUGAACAAGAGUAAAUGGAUUUAUGAAUUUUGUAAGCGUUGGCCGCGCGCUUAUUUUAAGAAUUGAAAUGAGAAAGGGAGUUGUUACCUUGUUGUGAUUUAUUUGAAAUAUUUAAUUGACAAAUACGCGUUAGCCAAAAGUAAUGUUUGAGAUGGAGUAUUUCCUUUUCUCGUUUGAAUCAUGAUCUUGUCAAUGCUAUAAUCUGAUCAAUCAAGUGAAAUAAAUUAACAUUAAAAACA